AGGUGACAGUGACGUUUCGUAGUAACGUUGGGUGAUGUGUACGUAAAUAAAUUGCGAAUUCGCAAUUUCAAUUCACUUCUAACUAAUUGGCGAUAUCUAAAAUAAUAAUAAAAAUGGUAUAGAUACUACUAGUAGUCUUUUUGCCUAUUGUCUAAAUAUGGCGACUGCUUCAAUAAGGGAAUUUGGUAAAGCCUGGUGGUCGGAGAUACUUAACAGAGUAAUUGGAGCUGUGGUGUUUAUCGACGAUGCCAGUGCGGAGUGCCUGCAUUACGAGGGCGGCGCGGACACCUUACUGUCUGCGGGAGCAGUUGCUGUGAAGGGUUUAUCUCCAUUCGAGUUUGCCAAGAAAGACCAGAAGAAGGCAUUGUUCUUAACACAAACAACCAAAGUACAGUUGCAAACAAUUGCUGAGAUUGUCCGCCACAGUGACUUUACACACUGUAUUCUUAUAUCAUGCAUGAGCUUGGACAUGGUGUUUCUGGAAAUCCAUGAUGACAAGGACAUCAAUACUGUGUUGGCUAUGGGAGAGCCAAUCUUAGAGGGCAUGAAGUAUCUUGAAAUGAAACUUAUUCAAUGGAUGGCAAAGAAGCAAAGUUAUGUAGAAGUGAUACACAUACCAAUUUUUACUAUCUCUCUAACUAAUGUGGUGUUUGUCACUCCUCCGUUCCGUGACUUGCAAACAUUCUUCCUUGGAGAAUUGAAGUCAGAUAAUGCAACCGUUGACAUCAAUAAUUUGUCUAAACAAGAGAGGAAUGAAGCAAGGAGGUUUGCAGCCAGCUUAAAUAACAUGUUGGAUUCAAUGAACUUAAAGGAGGAUGUAUAUUACAUUGGUUCUUAUUCUGCUAUCAUUGGAGGCAUUUUGGAGCAUUAUCCCAUAUCUAUACAACGGCGAAAGAACUGCCUGCACCCUGCAUCGCUGAUACUUAUAGAUCGCACAAUGGACUUGUGUAGUGUGACGAGUCAUGGCACUGAGUCUGUUCUGGACAAAAUCAUGGCAGCAUUGCCCAGGUUUCCAGGACAUUGCACUGACGUCGCUGUUGAUAUGUCACCUCUUUGUGAGGCUAAUGUGUUUAACCACCCAGAUGACAUACAACUCAGUCCCGGUUGUCUCUACCAUUCGGAUGACGAAUCAUGCAUCCAAACUUUCGAGUACAUGAUCAAUAAGUCCCAGAAGGAAGUCAUGUUCGAUCUCUACAACAAGUUGACUAAGAUUGACAUUCAGAAGUCACCAAGUCCCAAGUCCCUGUUGAAAGUCACACCACAAAGUCUUGAAAAGAUUGCGACAGCGACUAAAGGAAAUUACGAGGUGAUUAGCAAACAUCUAGGCGUUCUGCAGCAAUCCUUGGCGGUAGUACAAACCCUGAAGUCUCCUAAACGGGUGCAGCAUGAACUACUGAUGAGCUUGGAGAAGCAGGUACACCAGAACCUUGCUACCAGUCGGGAGUCCACUAGCGUCCUUAAUCAGAUCUGUCAUCUAAUAAAAAAUCGCAAAGAAAAGGAUAUUCCUUUAGAGAACCUGUUAGCGCUACUGAUGCACAUAUAUGCUGUGAGGGACAUAGAGGUGCAAUUCCCCGCAGACCAUGAACAACAGCUCGUUAAGACGUUAAGUGUUGCGUUGUUUGAAGACAAGAACAGUUUGUACAAAGAUACUUCUAUUAUCAUGUCUCCUGAGGACUGCGAAGCUAGGGCCAGUUGUAUACUGAUGCAGCUACGGAAAAUUACUUCUAUGAGAGGCGUUUUUCACAAAUAUAACUCCAUAUUGAAGCCAUGUGAGACAGGUGUGGGUCAUGAGUACCGUAGCGCUGUGCAACAGUUAGUCGAAGAUAUGGUGAACACAGACAAACCUGAUCUCGGCGACCUAGACCAGUACAGAAGCGAUAAAUUAAAAACAUUGUUGCGCAGUGGGCUUGGAAUGUUAACAAAUAGAAAAGUAAAGACAAGACAUCCUCUGGAUAAUCCUACAAUAAUCAUUUUUGUGAUCGGCGGGAUUACGGCCGAGGAAUGUAAGCGUUUGCAUCGAAGUGUGAUUACUAGCGGUGUUGAUAAUACCGUUCUGAUCGGAGCUACGAAGUUGGUCACUCCAGUCGAAGCGAUGAGGGAUAUACUACCGUUAUAGCAGAAGCCUAAACCUGAACGAAGUCCAUCACAUUCAUUUAUUUGAAGUGCUGGUCUCAUUCAGGUUAACCACGACUAGUUAUUAUGAACUGUGAAUGUGAACUGAACAAUGAGUUAAUAUGAUCACAAUCUAUUUUAAAAUAUCUUUGCUUUUAAUAUAAUGAUUCGUGUACUGAAGUCUGUUAAGCGUUUCGGUGACCAAAUAUUGUUCCACUCAAAAGUAAACUAAGUUAUUUCCACCUUAUCUAAGAAUGGCUUUUGAUAAAUAGGCUUAUGUAUGUAUUCAAUACAAUGUCGUACUUAUAUAAAUAAAUAUAAUUAUUAACGAUGAUAUUAACCAUGCCAAAUUAUGUUUCUUUCUGUUGUAUCUAUAGUGAUGGCUAUGAAUAAAUAAAUGCGUUAUAAGAAAACUCACGGAAAGUUAAUGUCAUACUUUAAUAUUCCUAUAUAGGUGUAAUUAAAUAUUAUUCUCCACAUAUUCCUUACAAAUGAUUCCAUGUAAUUAAUAAAUGUUGUAUUUUAUAAUAACUAUCGUGAGACGUACUAAAUUAACUAAAAAUCACGUCUUACGUAAAUGAAUGGAGAAAAGCUCUACUAGUUUCUAGUCACAGAGAGACUACUAGCUACUACAGUAGACGUCACCUCGUCUGGGCACGCAGCUCAUGAUGAAGAGUCGUUCUGAGACUCACAACUAGAAUAACUUUUCUCUAUUAAUUUACGCGAGUAAACGUGAUGUUUAGUCAAUAAAUCUAAUAUUAAAUAUAAUCGGUGUAAAAUUAUUUGCUUCUCCAAUUAACUGAGUAAAUUGUAUAGUAAUAAAUGUCUGGUAGCAAUGUUUAUUAUAUUCGUAGUUAUUAAAAUCUGGUAUUUUACAUCACACAUAGAUAGGCGUCUUUUUAAAAUUGUAAUGUCUCAAACAAAUUUCAAGAUUUCCAUGUAGUUAACCUUCUAUAAAAACUAUUUAGAAAUUAAAGGAACAUAUCUGUCGAAUGCAUGUAAGUAAUUUAUUAAGAACAAAAAAAAAAACCUAGGUAGUAAAGAAAUUAAUGCAAUUUACUGUUUUUGUUUUAUUUUUAUUUUCGAGUUUUUAUUUUGCAAGGCAUUGGCAUAGAAUAAGGUGGUUUGGUGCUAAAGAUUUUUCGUUGUUUUUAUAUUUAUUUGUUGUUCUGUUGUCUGCUAUGUAAAGUUAUUAUAAUAUAAUGUAACUGUAAGCUUAAAGCAAUGCAAUUACAAUGCAAUAUAAAUGAUACAAUUAUUAUUGAA